AGGCACAAAGCUGUAUGGUGGCCGCCACCUUCUUUUCGCGCUCUUCACACCUCCUUAGAUUUUUUUUUUGACUUGUAUGAUUGGCGCCAAACUUGCUAUACCCAGCCUCGCACUCCUCGUUGAAGAGUAUAUAUAUAUAUCGAGUAUAGGUUAAAUGGAUGUGGGCUCCCAUAAUUGGCGGACGGCGCGGCCGCGGGUGCACAUGAUGGUGUUGUUCCUUUUCAUUUUCACCGACCUCAUCAACCUAAUCUGUUACAUCCUCUACAUCUCGUACGACACGCGCGCGUUCGGCGCGGCGGGCUGCAACGCGUACAUCACCUUUACCUGCAUCGGCAUCGUCGUGGCUGGUGCCAUUUGCGGACCUCUUAUUUACUGGCCGUAUGUGCAUGGGAAUGAAAUGUCGCCCGUCUCGCGACGCAACGCGUUCUGCCUCGGCAUUUUCAUCUCCUUCGUCGUGCAUGACUUCCCGAUGGCGUGGAUUGAGCUGUGGAUUGUGACGACCUUUGGCUGGACCGAGUACUUGCAGGGCAUCUCCCUCUUCUUGACGCUGCUGUGCUUUAUCAUCGGCUUCCUGGUGACGUGGUUUUCCUACUCGUGGCGGCUGAGCAAGGUGCUGCAGAUCCGCUUCGGCAACGCGGCCCCAACGCAAUCUAGCGUACCAGCUGCGCAGGUGGCGAGACACAGUUCAUCACGACAGUAUCGCAUUUAA